GCACUGCACACACGGCAGUCGUCGCUAGUCGGUUCUCCCGGGUGUUGUUCGCGUCCGUUCGUACCACGCGCGCGCGUACUUGUUUGUUUAUCGUAUUUCCGCGGUUCCACUAUACCGUUAACCCUUUUUGUACACAGUGUGUGUGCGCGUGUGCGUUGGUUUUCCAAACCCGGGAGUGAGAACUCGUUCGUCGGUAUGCACCGGAAACGACAGUUAUCGGAUAAGUGACGUGAAUAUAUCUGUUUUAUCGAUUUUUUUUGAUUAUUUUUUUUUCACUCUCCGUCGAAUACGCACCAAAGAUUAGUCAUGCGUACCAGAUGGAAGGAAGUGCUGUGUAUAACACUGUUGAUAAUAUUCAACGCGUGCUUAUCUACUUCUACGUUGUGCGAAGAUUUGAAAGUGGAAUUUCGAUAUCCGUGUGUCUGCGAAGAACUAAGUCAGAUCGGCGGCCUAGCGUUGAAUUGUGAUGGUGUAGUCUAUUCAAGUGACCACGUGAACUUACCAAAAAAUCUACCAGUUUUGGUAUUCACUCAAAGAAACGCUGGUCACCAUUCUGUACCCACACAACUUUUUCCGUCUACGGUCAAACUGGACCUGUCACAAAAUUCGAUCCGGCGAUUAUCCGAAAAAUCGUUCGGUGUUAUACAAAACACAAUCGAAGACCUGCGGUUAGGGGGUAAUCUAUUAGGCGACACUUUAAACCCAAUAUUUUCUACUACCGAAUUUCAUGGAUUGUCAAAGCUCAUACGAUUGGAUCUGAGUGAAAACAGAAUAUCUUCUUUGGAGGAAGGCAUAUUAAAGGGCUGUGUACAUUUAGAGGAACUGAAAUUAGACGGUAACCGACUAGAAUUUAUUCCAAGUUUAUCGUUGAAUGGUCCAGAAUCAUUACGGAAAUUAUCUUUAAAAAAUAAUCGAAUAGAUAGUAUACAGCAAGGUUCUUUUCUUUCUCAGAAGUCUUUAUUAGUAAUAGACUUAACAUCCAACAGAAUAAAUAAUGUUGAGAUAGGAGCAUUUGAAGGCUUGUCGGUGUUAAAACAACUUUUAUUAUCCGAGAAUCGUUUGUCCAAGUUUAACAGUGAUAUUUUUUCUGGUGCGGAAAAAUUAGAAAAAUUAGAUAUCUCCAACAAUUUUAUAAUUGAAUUUCCUUUAGUUGCUUUACAAAAAUUUGAUAAUUUAAAAGUACUGAAUUUAUCUUCAAAUUUAAUACAGAAAUUAGAGAACACGCAAUUAACUUCAUUGGAAGUUCUUGAUGUUAGCAGAAAUAAUAUCGGAAAUAUUUCACCGGGGACUUUUAAAAGUUUAAAAAAACUCAAAACCUUAAACUUAGCUGUAAACAUGUUAAGAACUGUCGAAGAUGAUGCUUUUGAAGGUUUAUCAAAUCUCGAAUCUUUGUCUUUAGAAGAUAAUAAUAUAUUAUUAAUACCUGCAACAGCACUUAGUAAAUUACCACGUUUAAACAAAUUGCGCCUGGAUUACAAUAGAAUUGCUGCGCUUUCGUCCAAUAUUUUGCGUGGACUGUCGGAAAUCUUGACUGAACUAGGACUGAGUAGAAACGUCAUUAGAGAAAUACCACCAGAUGUAUUUCAAGAUUUUAAACAUUUAAGAGUACUUGAUUUGUCCGGAAAUUUAUUGCUGUCCGUAGAACUAUCGACGUUCUCUGGCCUAGAAGAUACGCUUGAACACUUAAAUCUUCAAGGCAAUCGGAUCGCUUCAAUUUCAUCAGAACCAUUGAAUCUUCAAAAACUGAAAACUCUUGAUUUGUCAUACAAUCAACUGAAAGAAAUUCCUAGACACACUUUUACUGUAAUGUCUUCAUUGUUAAGUUUAAACCUGAGCCAUAAUUCACAUUUGGCUUUAAUACCUGUAAGCGUAUUCCAUCCUUUAACGAAACUGCAAAAACUAGAUAUCAGCUUUACUAGUAUAAAAGUUUUAAGUCCGGAGUUAUUCUUCAAAACAUCAUCACUUACUCACCUUUUCAUACAAAACAAUGGUAUUACUGAAUUACCAGAAACUAUGUUUCAAAGCCUAUCAAAUCUAAUUACAUUAGAUUUAUCAGAAAAUCAAAUAACAAAUAUACGAAUCGGCUCAUUUAUGGGUUUAUCUUCUGUUAAAUAUGUAAAUUUAUCAAAAAAUAAAUUAUCAUCAUUCAAAGGUGAAUACUUCAUAACGAAACGAAGCAAUGGGACUCCGCUUGAAGAAAUUGAUUUGUCUGACAAUCAAAUUAGUUAUUUGUUUCCGUCUACUUUUAAAGUACAUCCCACUAUUAAAAAAAUCAAAGUGUCUAAUAAUAAAUUCAACUUUUUCCCCUCUGAGUUGAUUGCUGGCUUGGCGUAUUUACAAGAGGUAGAUUUAAGCAAAAAUAGUCUCAAAACAUUAGAAGAAUUCGAUUUCGCAGGCCUACCAAGGUUAAGAAAAUUAAACUUGGCCGAUAACGAAAUAGACACCAUAAGCGAGACAACGUUUCAUAAUUCUACUCAAUUACAAAACAUAAUGUUGGCCAACAAUAACUUGGAACGAAUCGGAGAGAGAACUUUUCAAGGGCUAAAUCGAUUGCAAUAUUUGGAUUUGGAAAACAAUAAUUUGACAGAAUUACCCGAUUUGAUUUUCGAUCGUACAAGAUUAAAAGUUCUGGAAAACAUCAACCUGGCCAAAAAUAAGUUUACCAUAGCCCCGCUGAAAAGCUUACAGAAGCAAUACUUUUUCUUGUCGUCGGUCGACUUGUCCUCGAACCAGCUGACGGAAUUGCAACCGGAUGAUAUCAUACUGGUGAACAUCAAGAAGUUGGACCUGUCGUUCAACCGCCUCUCACCAGAGACCAUCAAGAACAUACUGAGCGAGCCGAAGACGGUGCGCGAACUGAACUUGGCGGGCACCGGUAUAAAAGCCGUUUCCGCUUUGGAGACGCCAUUCUUGCGAAAACUCAAUUUGUCACACAACGAAAUCGACGCGUUGGAUGAGCACAUAUUCGACCGGGCCACGUUGGUCGAGGAGCUGGACCUGUCGCACAACCGGUUGCGGAGCUUGGCGUCACUGCGUGGUGCGUGGCCGAAGCUGAACCAAGUGCAGUUGGUUGACAUCUCUUGGAAUCCAAUACUGAACAUCGUGCAAGGGGACUUGGACAAACUGGGAUCGCUGCGAUCGUUACGCAUUAACGGAUUAACGGAAUGCGACCGGAUCGAGAAGAACGCGUUCCGUAACCUCGGCAACCUGGUCGAACUGAAGAUGUACGAGUUCCCGAAGUUGGGCUAUCUGGACGUGACCGGAUUGCUCAACUACCUGCAGUCGCUGGAAACGCUGGAGAUCGAGGUUAAGGACCCGUCGAUCGGCAGCCAGCUGUCGGCCGCGAUGAACCCGCGGCUCAAAUCGCUGACCAUACGGGGCCAGCGGAUCACGUCCAUAUCGUCGGGAGCGCUGGCCGGCCUCAAGUACCGGCAGGUGUACAUCAGCAUCCAGAACACGUCGCUGACCGCGUUGCCACCGUCGCUGCUGAUCGCGUUGCCCCGGUCGUCCGUCAUCCAGCUGGACGUGUUCGACAAUCAGCUGACCACGCUUUCGUCGCAGUUCCUGGCUGCGCUCGACGACCGGCGUAGCUUACUCAAGCUCAACGGGCUCCGGUCCAACCCUGUGUACUGCGACUGCAACGUGCGCGCGUUGCGCAGGUCGCCGCUCGCGCUAGACCUGGUCUGUUCCGCGCCCGCGUUCGUGGCCGGCAACCUGCUCAUCGAGAUACCAGACGACGAUCUGACGUGCGACGUGAGUCGUCAGACGACCACGACCACUAGUACGACCACCACGACAACGGCCGCGCCCGCGACGCCCGGCAGUGCGAUCGUCAAAGCGCCGCCCAAGGGGACGCAGCAGCGCGCGACCACCACGGAGCCGGACAUCAUAUGGUCGCUGCCACCGGCCAUAGCGGCCGCGCCCAACCUGCAACAGAAGACAUCGGGGGCGGCGGGCAAGCAGCCACCAAAUCUGGCGGCCGCGGCCGCGACCGUCACCAACGACGACACACUCAUCAUCGGCAUCGUGGCCGGCGUGGUGGUGUUCAUCGCUAUACUGGUGAUCAUCAUAUGCAUCGUGCGCAUACGGCUGUCCACGGCCGAGUACAACUCGCACAUGAACGCGCUACCGCCCGUACUUGGCGCCCCAAUGCAUUGCACAAAUCAGUCGUGCCCGUGUCCGAAGGUGCACAGUCAGCUGGGCGCCGGCCACAUGUACCCGAUGUCGGCCGCGUCCUACAGCAACAGCUACGCCACAUUGCCCGCGCACAAGCUGUCAUCCGUGUCGUCGCCGUUGCGACAGUCGUACAACACGUUGAACGCGCCCGCGCCGUACACGCAUAAUCCCUAUUACAUACCGUACGCCGGUGACGAGAAGGAGUACGCGAUGAGCAUGAGAUAAUCGACGGCGACUCCGCUGUCGACCGCUACCAUUACUACGCAUAGGCGCAAAUAUGAGGGUGGGACUGGUGGGGCUAAGCCCCUCCCCCAAAAAACAAACGAUUUUACUACAUGUUUUGUUACAAUGUAAAAACGUCCUGUACAGCACUGAGCUUUAGCCCUUCUCCCAAAUUUCAAACACUAUUUGCGCCUUUGCUACUGCGUUCCCCGCAACGAUUUCGCGAACAAUCAUUUGACCGAUACAAUUGUAUAUAGUUUACCAUUACGCGUAUUCGUAGGUAUACCACGGUGUUCAAACGCACAGCGACAAAGAAUCAAAAACUCUAGAUAUUAAAUGCAGUGUACGUCGGAUUAUUCCUUGUACCUAAUAUUAAUAAAUCAUCUUGCCAUUGUACAUAUAGAUUUUUAAUUGUUUAUUAUUAUUAUUAUUUUUU